AUGGUUUUGACUAUUUCAAUACGACAAACGCGUUUACGGUUGGCUACCAUCAAUUAUCAACAAAUGUUAUUUCCUUUAGUUUACUUUUUAGUAGCCUUCUUCGUUUAUAUUCUUUUAUACGAGUAUUAUAAAAAUAAUACUCGAAAACAAAUAGCUGAAUUAGAUUUUCUUCAAAAUCUUGAAAGUAUACAAUUUAAACCCAUACCAAUAUCAACGACAAAAUCAUUUAAUGAAAUAAAAACAGAACUUCGUACAAAUUUUCAUUUUAAUUGUGUUCGUAUUAUAUUUGGCAUUGAUUUUUCAGCUAGUAAUGAAUGGCAAGGUCGUAAAACAUUUAAUGGACAAUUAUUACACAAAACAAAUUCAAAUAAAAUUUAUAAUCCAUAUCAAAAAGCUAUUAGUGAAUUAGGUAUUAUAUUUGAAGAUAUAUUUCCUUCAAAAGUUGAAUAUUGUUGUUUUGGUUUUGGUGAUGAAACUACAAAAGAUUAUUCUUUUUUUCCAAUUGAUGGUGGACAUGAAGAAUUUAAUAAUUAUCAAAGUGUUCUUGAUGCUUAUUUAGAAAAAACAAAAAAUGUUGUAUUAGGUGGUCCAACUGGAUUUACACCAUUGAUACAACAAUUAAUAUCAUAUGGCAUACACUGUAGAAAAGAUUUUAGUAUGUUAGUUAUAUUAACUGAUGAAUUAAAAAUUUCUCAUGAAGAUAAUUCAUUGAUGGAAUUGAUUUACACAUUAACAAAUUUAUCAAAUACCUGUCUACUUGUAAUUGGUGUUGGUGAUGGACCAUGGCAAAGAAUGUCAUAUGAAGAACAGCGUCUUCGUGAAUUAGCAUUUAAAAAAAGAAAUGAAAAGAAGAAACAAAUUCGACAUGGAAUAAUUGAAUCAAAUGUUGUAUAUGAUAAUUUUCAUUUUGUAGAUUUUAAUUCUUUUAUUUCAAAAUCGGAUAAAAAUACAAAUGAAAAUUAUUUAGCACGAGCUAUUUUAAAAAAAUUACCAUUACAUUUAAAACAAGCUUUUAAAAACGAUGACAAUAUUGCACAUUUUUAA